AUGCCGGGACGGGGCUCCCCCGGGCCCUCCGCGCCCCAGCGCACUCACCGAGCCCUCCCGCCUCUCUGGCCGGCCGGGGUCCCACCGUGCCCACUGCUCCGCGCCCGCCUGAGCGGCCCGGGCCGGCGGGUCGGGGUGGCUGUGGUGGCGGGGAGGCAGGGAGGCACGGAAGGACGGGGCCGGCCAACCCCACCCUUUCGGUUCCCCUUUUUUUGGUUUCUGACUCAAAAGCAGCAGCUGUGUUUCCUCCUGGAGGCAGCCAGGCCACCUCUGUGGGGCCGCCGGGGCUCCGGCCGCAGCCAGGGCCUGCCCUGCACGGAGGGGACAGAGGGCCUGGACACAGGGCCAGGGGUGCGGGGCCGGGACGCGGGGACCGGAGCGCAGGGCCGGGGCUGGGGCCGGCGUCCAGGCCGUGAGCCCCCUGGCACUCCCCCGCCGCGUAGCCCCCCCACACCCCCACUCCUCCGCAGGCCCCCAAGCCCCGCGCCCCCCGCCCCGCUCUCCUCCCACCGAGAGGGGGCGCUGCAUGCCCACUUCCUGACGGGGCCGCUGGCCCUCCCUGCACCCUUCCGCUCUCUAUGGUCCCCCGCUCCCACCUGCUUCCGCUUCCGGGGUGCUCCUUCUCUUCGGGAGGCGGUCGCCAAUAUGGUGAACGUCCCGAAAACUCGUCGGACCUACUGCAAGAAAUGCGGCAAGCACCAGCCGCACAAAGUCACCCAGUACAAGAAGGGGAAGGACUCCCUCUACGCCCAGGGAAAAAGACGCUACGAUAGGAAGCAAAGUGGCUAUGGGGGCCAGACAAAGCCCAUCUUCCGUAAGAAGGCUAAGACCACGAAGAAGAUUGUGCUGAGGCUGGAGUGUGUGGAGCCCAACUGCAGGUCCAAGAGGAUGCUGGCGAUUAAGAGGUGCAAGCACUUUGAACUGGGAGGAGACAAGAAGAGAAAGGGCCAGGUGAUCCAGUUCUAAGCUCCAUCCUACUUGUUGUUAUGGACCAUAAUAAAGUAUUUGGAAGUGA